CUUAUCCUAGCAGGAGCUAGAAUUCUAGUAGGGAAGAAGAUGGAGCAUGAAAAAGAAUCUCCCAGGAGAUGCCGAAUAAGCUCCCCGGAUCGCUAGCGCUAGUGGUGACACGCGCCAGACAAAGGAGCUGGCAUUCUAUAAAUGAGGCAGAAGACAGGGAUCGGCAAUUGGCCGGCUUGUCAGGAGAGAAGCACAAGUGUUUCAGAGCUGGGAGAGCAAAGGGCAACGGAGAGAACAUUCCUACCUGGGCUGUAUGUGCAUAUUUUUCUAAGAUCAGGUGGCUUCAACUUUGAGAAAGUUCUGCCAGUCCCAAGAAUGACGAGGAAGAUCUUCACCAACAGCAGGGAGAGGUGGAGACAACAAAACGUUAACAGUGCAUUUGCCAAGCUGAGGAAGCUCAUUCCCACCCACCCACCAGACAAGAAGCUGAGUAAGAAUGAGACCCUUCGCUUGGCCAUGAGAUACAUCAACUUCCUUGUCAAAGUGCUUGGGGAGCAAGGCCUACAGCAGACAGGGAUGGCCCCACGAGGAAGGAUACUGGGGCUGUUCCAGCAGAGUCCAAGUUUGGAAAGCAUGGAAGACUUGACUCUCAUUGAAGACUCUGAGGUCCCUUCUCCCAACACAAGCAGCAAUGUCCCUGAGUGCUGGUCAGACGCAUCCUCUCCAUGAUGGGCCACUCGUCAGGGCUGUAGUCCUGGUAGUCAUUUGAUAGCUCCCCUUUAUACAAGUUGUGAGUUGUUUGCCUUUGUACAGUAUUUAUUUAUUUAUUUAUUCAUUAAUUCAUUCACUCUUUUAUCAAGUGAGCUUUUUGUCAUGGGUUCUUUGGAAGAUGGUGGUUUUCAGUAAUCAUAACAGGAAUAUUUUAUCUCUGGAAGUUAAACAAGAUACCAACAGUAAAACUUCGCCCAAAGAGCUUUGAUUUCACAGUCUUUGAUAUGAUCAGUAGAAAACCAUUCAUGGGACAUGGUGCUUGCUAGGGCUGCUUCUUUAUUUAUUCUAAUGUUUCUUAAAAGGUGUGAAUUCAAAUGUGAUUACAGUGGUGCCCUGCAAGACGAUGUUAAUUCAUUCCAUUGAAAUUGCUGUUU